UUACAAUUAGUCUAUUUUUACGGUGACCGAUAUGUUGUCGUGUUUACACUUUCACACUUAUGUAUAAAUCUUUCAUAAUAUUCGCAGUGGCGUUAGCCAUUGCUCACGCUGACGUGUCCCACGUCACGGGCACGGCAGAGGCCGCUGCCGAAGUGGUCAGGUCAGGAUACGACAUCAGCCCAGAAGGAAACUUUCAGUAUUCUUACGAGACGUCCAACGGCAUCUCUUCUCAAGCCGAGGGAGUCUUGAAGAACACGAACUCUGAAAACCCGACCUUAGAGGUCAGGGGUCAAUCCAGCUGGACGGCUCCUGAUGGUACAUCUGCUCAGCUGACCUACAUCGCCAACGAAGAUGGAUACCAACCUUCGGGCAACCUCCUUCCCGUAGCUCCCCCGAUUCCCGAAGCCAUCCUUCGUGGCCUAAAGUACAUCGAAGAUCACCCCCCACCGGUAGAGAGAAGAGUCCGAUCCGUGCCAAAAAGACUGGCACAUCAAAAAUCCUUCGUAGCAAUCUUCGCCCUCGUGGCCGUCGCCGCCGCCGAUGUCUCCCACUUGGCUGGCCAGCGAUCCUACAGCAGCGGUGCCGACAGAGACGCCCAGGUCCUCAGACAAGAAGUCGACGUGGCCCCCGACCAAUACCAGUACACGUAUGAGACCAGCAACGGAAUCGCCGCCCAAGAGGCCGGACAGCUGAAGAACGCUGGCCGCGAGGACGAAGCCAUCUCCGUCCAAGGAUCUAACCAGUACACCGCCCCCGACGGCCAACAAAUCCAGCUUACCUACGUCGCUGAUGAGAACGGUUACCAGCCACAGGGUGCCCAUCUGCCUACUCCACCACCAAUCCCCGCUGACAUCCUCAAAGCUCUGCAGUACAUCCAGGCUAACCCACCCAGGCCAGAAGCCCCCGGCGCCAGCGCAUACCAGGCCCAGGCACAGGCCCAGGUUCAAUCCAGGCCCAUCCCCGCUAGAUUCUUCCAAGGUUAAACCUAAACCUCAAUGAUUAACCAAUACCUUCGUUUUUCCAUCUUCUGUUGUAUACUCAAA